UUCUUAAACCUCCUCCUCUGUUGCUGCAGUACUUCCUGGAGUCUUCACUCUGCAGGGGGAGGGGAGCCUCCUGUUCAUCCCCUGAAUCUGCUUGAAAGGCUUCAGCCGGGACCUGGACAUUCUCCAGCUGGGGAAGAGUUGGAGUUGCAUCCUCAGGGAUUCCAUUUGUUCCUUCUUCUGGGUCUGGUGCUGCUGCCUCUUCCUCCUCCUCCGAGUCCUCCGAAGGGGCCAUGACACCCAGCAAAUUAAGGUUUGCGUAAACCUAGUAUGGAAAUGAAAUCUAACGGUGGUUUCCAACUCUAGUUUGUGGUCAAGGUGAAAAUGCAGGAAGCGGAUCUAGUUGCAAAAAUGCUCCGAGCUGUUCUCCAGACCCAUAAAAACGGAGUGCCCUUUUCCCGUUUGCAGGGGGAAUAUAAAUCUUUAACUGGAGACUGGAUUCCUUUUAAGCAGCUGGGGCAUCCUACUCUAGAAGGAUAUAUAAAAAGCAUCCCUGGAGUUGUUAGGAUUGAAAUUGGUAAAACUGGUGAGGUGACUUGUCAUGCGGUCAUUUGCCAGGAGACAGCAAGAAUUGCUCAGUUAGUUGCUCGCCAGCGAACUUCCAACAAGAAAUCAGGCCGGCAAGUCAACUGCAGCAUGAGGCUGAAAAAAAUAGUGCCACUCGCCUCAGUAGGCAAGCCAAAGGGUACUCUGAGGAAGACAGGAUUCAUGAAUUUCACAGAGGAAACUAGUAGAUCUACUCUCCCGCUGUUGAGAAGCAAGGGAAGCUGUACCGUUGUUAGACCUAGUAUGAGCACUGCACCGUAUCCUCUGUCCCCAGAAUUUGGAAAUCCUAUGCCUAAAGAAGUCUUAAAUCAAGGACACCUGGCUGUGAUGAACAGCCCUGAGAGAAGACCAACACUUCCACCACGGUUUCAGAAGGAGCUUAAAGUUCAUCUCUCAAAAAGCGUACCUGUGGACAUCAAUGAAAAUGCGAAAGAAACGAAACAACUUGUGCCACUUCACCCUCCUUGUCAGUCAAAUACUGAUAUAUAUGAGAUUCAGAGAAGAAUUAAAGAGAUUCUAAAUCGAUACAGCAAUGGAAUAUGUUUAUCAAAGAUACCACAUGUGUACAGAGAGGCGUAUCAGGAGGACUUAAAUACAGCUUUGCUCCCUCAGUGUGAAUACUGGCCUCACAUUUGUGUGACAGAGAAGGUAUGUUGUGGUGGCCUUAGGGAUGUAUUCCUCUACCCUGCUGCAAAAACGCAUCCUUUGGUGAAGGAUGUCCCAAGCCAAGGAGGAAGCCUUCAGUCCCCAUUAGUAAGGCAGACUGCAGAGGUCAAAGCAGAGAUUAAAGCAGAGGUCAAAGAAGCAACCAAAGCAGCUGCACUCCAGGAGGACUUCAAGCAGAAAAUUGCCGCCAUCUUGUUAAAAUAUUCCAAUGGCCUUUGGGCUAACGCUCUCCCAAAAGUGUAUGAAGACAUGUACAAAGCACCAUUACCUAAGGAUAUUUUGAACAGUCUUGACUGUCUCUCGGAUAUAUGUUCGGUGGAUUAUAUAUCUGAUAACCCAAAAAAGGCAAUCCUUUAUGCAAAGUCAAAACGGCUCACUGAUGAGAACCAGAAUGUUACUGGCAAAAUCCGGAUACAUGAAGAACUAAGACAACCAACUGAGCAACAGCCCACUGUGAUCAAGCAGGAGUCCCAAGAGGAGUAUUUGGAGAACAUAACCGUGCCCCCUUUAAUUAUCCCAGCAGAAACAUCACCAUCUGUGUUGGUGGUGGAACUGAGCUCUACAAAUGAAGUUGUUGUCAGGUAUGUGGGCAAAGACUAUUCUGCUGCCCAGGAAUCAAUGGAAGAUGAGAUGAAGGAUUGGUUUUGCCAGAACCCCUCUGUUUUGCAAAUGCAGUCUCCCAAAGUUGGACAGGUUGUUGCUGUGCCUGCAGUAGAAGAUGCUUGGUUGCGGGCACAGAUUAUUUCAACAGAAGGUGAUAGAACAAAGGUAUGCUAUGUUGAUUAUGGCUUUAGUGAAAUCAUUGAGAAUACCAGAGUGUACAAACUAGCCAAGCAUUUCUUUUCACUGCCAUUCCAGGCUUCAAAAUGUAGACUAGCAGGUUUAGAGGCCUUCUGCGAUGACCCUGCUAUGGUGAAAACGGUGGAGUCUCAAACCUGUGGCAAGAUAUUUGCUGUUGAAAUAUUAGAGAAAAGUGAAAUUCCCCUUGUCGUCCUAUAUGAUACUUCAGGAGAGGAUGAUAUCAACAUCAAUGCUACUUGCCUGAAGACACUUCUUGACAAAUCUCUUGAGCUUCACCUUCAGGUAGACACACUCUACAGAAAUGUCCAAGUAACCAAUGUUUGUUCAGAUGGAACUUUAUACUGCCAAGUGCCAUCCAACGGCAUGACCAAGCUCUCUGAAGUGUUACAGAAGCUGGAAAAUUAUUUCCACCACAAGCAGGUAACAGAGUAUUCGGUGUCGCUGCCUUACUGUGGCAUGAUCUGUCUGUUUAACUGUAAAGGAAAAUGGGCACGUGUGGAGAUAACAAGUGUUCAUAGCAGCCGAGCUCUUGAUGUACAAUUUAUGGAUACUGGAACAGUAGCAUCUGUAAAAGUAGUAGAGCUGAGAGAGAUUCCCCCAACAUUUCUACGUGAAAUCAUUGUAAUACCAGCACAGGCAACAAAAUGCUGCUUGGCUGACCUUCCUCUUAAUAUUGGCAUGUGGACUCCAGAUGCUGUACUUUGGCUGAGAGAUACAGUAUUAAAUUGUCCUGACUGCAGCAUUAAGGUGGUUAAACUGGAUGACAGGAUUGCACACAUCUAUUUAUUUACGCCAAAGAACUUCCUGGACCCAGAUCGUAGUAUAAAUAGGCAGAUCACUAAUGCCGACUUGUGGAAGCAUCAGAAGGACGUUUUCCUGAGUGCCUUUCCCAGUAGCUCCCUUCCUGCAAUGGGGGAAACGGACUUACCAGAGACAGCAUGUUCAGGUGUCAGGAGGGCAAUUGUAGAUUCACUUCCUCAUGCUUCAGAGCCCAGCAGUGCUGCAACAGCCUUGAAUAUGCCACCGCCUUUGCUGCUGGCUCAGCCUCAGGAGCAAAUGGAUGUUUAUGUCUCGCUGGCCUGCCACCCUGGUUACUUUGUCCUCCAGGCUUGGCAAGAGAUGCACAGUUUAGAAGUCCUGAUGGAAGAUAUGCUUUUAUACUACAGCACGGCAGAUGAGGGAACUACUGCUGUUGAAAAGAACAAACUCUAUGCUGCUAAAGUGAAAAACAAGUGGCAUAGGGUGUUAAUAAAAGGAAUGUUGGCAAAUGGGCUGGUGUCAGUAUAUGAGCUGGACUAUGGUAAACAUGAACUUGUUGGCAUCCAGAAUGUAAGGCCUCUGCUGGACAUGUUCAGAAAAUUGCCAUUUCAGGCCAUAACAGCCCAACUUGCAGGAACAGUGUCUCAACAGUGGUCAGAGGAGGCAUCAGUAGUCUUCCGAAAUCAUGUUGAGAAGAAACCACUUGUGGCGCAGAUGCAAACAGUUAUUGAUGGGGCUAAUCCAUGGGACCGCAAAGUUGUUGUCUACUUAGUUGACACAUCACAACCAGACACUGAUAUCUGGAUUCAUGAUAUUAUGACCCAAUAUUGUAUGGAAAUUUCAAAGGCAAAUUAAUCCUUUUCUAAAACUUUAGUAACAUCAGCAAUAAGAAUAUGUUAACAUAGCUGUGACCAUCAAAAUAAUAAUUGUGGUUUACUUUGGAUAUUUUGCACUGUUUAAUGCUAGAAUGUUACCUGUAUAAAUAAAUAUUUCUGUUAACUUACUCUGUUGGAACAAUUUCCUUCUGCUUCAGAUCAAGAGUCUAAAGGCAAGUUUGACUAUUCAUCAGCUGGCUAGAUGCAGACCUCAAAACAACUAGAUGCAGACCCCAAGACAACUUGAUCUGGAUCGUGGUGGCCCUUUUAUGUAAUGACAACUCCCAUUUAAAAGAUCUAAGAAUAGAUCUGACAAAAAACUUGCAAGAGCUGCUGCCAGUCAGAGGGGACAGCUCUGAGUUAAAUGAACCAGUGGUCUAAUUCUUUAUAAGACAUGAUCUAGAUUAUAGAAACUGUACAGUUAGAUGGCCCCAACUUUUUUAUGGAGCUGAACAUUCCUGGCCCUCUUUGUAGAACAGUAGCCCUUGAGAAUUAUAGCCUGGCCAGGGAUGGCCAACUUCUGUCUGCAUUGAUUAUAAGCCAGUGACACUACAGAUUUUUGUUCCGUGUUUCUCGCCGUCUAUUCCUCCUCCCAUUGGUGAACCUGGUUUAACCAAUUGUAGUUACAAAAAGAAAUGAAACUAGAGUAACUGAGCUUGACCAUCUUUUGACUCCUAAAAGUAUGCAGAAACAGCAUUUUUCUGAAUUCUUUCUUACAAAGCCCAUUUAUAUAACCUGGUUACAGUCACCUCUGUGGCUCCUGGUACUGUCUACAUCUCACAUGGUUAGGGUGGAUUGCGUGGUUAUCAGGCUACUGAUGUAUGUUUCAUUAUUUGAAAGUAUUCGUAUCUCACUCGUCAUCCGAAAAUGGGCUCCCAGUAUGGGUUAUGAAAAUCAGGCUUACAUUCUAAGACACAACACUAAAGGAAAAGGGAUUCUGAGGGAGGAGGAGAAAACCACAUUCAGGCACUAAUUUGUUGGUUACAGAGUUCUUUUAAUAACCAAUUAGAAUGGAAAGAAUUCAGUAAGGGGAGGAGCCAAGUUGCUAGUCUUUCAUCAGAGUUGAUGGAGAGGCUUUGUAGUUCCAUCUCUCCCUCUCCAUAGGCUGAUGGAAUGGCUGCUGCUAGAUGACAGUUGAGGGAGGAGCCUGAUGAAGAUAGGAAUGUAAUGCAGUGUAAAUACAUUCUGGAGCUAUAGACCAAGGAAAGGGAAUCUGUGGCCCUCCAUAUGUUUUGAUGACAACUCCCAUGAUUCCUGACCAUUGGCCAUGCUGGGUGGGGCUGAUAGAAGGUGCGAGGUUCAACAUCUGCCUCCCUGUGCUCCUACUGGGAGAAAGGGCGGGAUAUAAAUCAAAUAAAUAAAUACAUCUGGAGGAUCACACUUCCCCAUUCCUGCUGUAGAGAAAGGAAUCAGUGGAACUGGCCCAGUAAUUAGAGGAGAGUUGUUUCAUUAAACCUUGCCCCAACUUAGUUUUGUGAAUCAUUUUGCUAAUGUUUACUUGAAUAAGGCCCAUUUAACUCACUGGCACUUUCUUCCAACUAGACAUACAUAGGACUGUAUUGUUUAAUCUUGGAUUCUUUUUCCCCAAAGACAGUAUGGGAUGCCUUUUACAACUUUUGAAUAAAGCAUCUUUGGGUUUUGCAAUA